UCCUUUGUCUCUUCUUUUGCCUUGUAGGGAGAAGCAUCAUCUCAAGGGACAUCAGAGGAAACAUCAGGACCUGACACUGCCAUAACAAUGAUCAGAGAAGCUCCGGAGCAAAAGAAUAUAAAUAAAGAGGAGAAGGAAAGUUUGGAAGAGAUGGAAAUCAACCUCCACAACCAGAGAGUCAGGGCCAGCGCCCGCACAGACCACGCAGCCUUUCUGAAGGAGAAGGAUGGCCUGUCCCAGCGAAUGAUCGACUGUCUGAUGCUGACACCGAGCGCAAUGGCGGAGCAGUUAGCGGAGCAGCGCAGGUCGUUGCUGGGGCAGUGCCAAAAAGAGAUGAAGGGGCAGGAGAAGGAGACCCUACUGAGGGCGCUAGAGGAAGAGCUGACUCAGGAGGCCGAGACAUUCCUGGAGACCUACAGAUGGCGCUAUGAGAGUCACACCAUCAACCAGAGAGUCAUGGGGAGAGCCCGCAAAGACCACGCUGACUUUCUGAAGCAGAAGGAUGCCGAGUCCCAGGGUAUGAUCUCCUCUCUGAUGGUGAUGUCCAGCGCAAUGGCGGAGCAGUUGGUGGGGCAGUGCAGGUCGUUGCUGGAGCGGUGCCGGAGAGAGAUGAAGGGGCAGGAGAAGGAGACCCUACUGAGGGCGCUAGAGGAAGAGCUGACUCAGGAGGCCGGGACAUUACUGGAGACCUACAGAAGGGGCCGUUGGUUUCCCUUUUCCUAAGUGGGGCAGAUAGGAGCGAGGGGUGCGUCUGUGGGGUCUGGUAUUCCAUUGCCGUGCCCGCAGAGCUCAGAAGCGGCA